AUGGCUCUCUCAGUCAUAACCCUGGCUGCCGCGGCCCUGGUGGCCUUGAUCCUCUACAAGGGGAUCAUUUACCCUGCUUUCAUCUCGCCAUUGGCUAAGAUCCCCAAUGCUCACUGGAGUGUUCCUCUUUCUCCCGUCUGGAUGCUCUGGAGACGUUUCCGCAUGACAAACAAUCGGACUAUCCAGGCUGCUCAUGAACGUCUCGGUCCGCUAGUGAGACUUGGUCCGUCGGAACUCUCGAUUAAUUGUGUCGAUGAGGGUAUCAAGACGGUUUACACGGGCGGGUUCGAGAAACAUGAUUGGUAUCCGCGGGUCUUUGGAUCGCUCGGAACCGUGAGCAUGUUCACAAUGGUCGGAACAAAGACUCACGCCACCCGCAAGAGAAUGCUAUCCAAUAUCUACUCCAAGUCCACGCUGCAGACAUCGCCUCAUCUACGCUUGGUCUCUAAUGCGAUUGUUUUCGACCGCUUGCUGCCUGUGAUUCAAGAGUCGGUGGAAUCGAACAAGUCUCUCGAUGUGCACGAUCUGGAUAUGGGACUGACAAUGGACUUCGUCUCAUGUUACCUGUUCGGCUUGAGAAAUGGUACAAAUCAUAUCCAGGAUCAUGAUUACCGCAAGAAAUGGCUCCAUAUGUACCUCUGUCGCAAGCCUUUUGAGUUUUAUCACCAAGAGACCCCGAAACUGCAGGGAUGGCUUAGCUGUGUGGGACUCCGCGUGAUUCCGAAGUACUGUGACGAGGCGAACGAAGUUCUCGAUGUGUGGGCUUUGGAUCUCUGCGGCCGGGCUGCAAAUUGUCUUGAUUCCACCGACCCCGCCGUUGAACCUAUCGUCUAUAAGCAGUUGAAGCAGAGUCUCGACAAACAAUCUAUGAAAGAAACAGGCUCAAAACAGGAUCACAAGCAGCAGCAAAUCGACAUUGCUUGUGAGAUGUACGAUCAACUUACAGCUGGCUUUGAAACUAGUGCCGUUGGUCUGACUUACCUUUUCUGGGAGUUAUCCAAACAUCCUGAAUGGCAAGAGAAGCUUCGACAGGAACUAUUGACCCUCAAUCCGCCGAUUAAGUUCCCCGAGGGCGCAGAUCUACCCUCGGCAAAGGCAAUUGACAAUCUGCCUAUUCUGGAAGCUAUCAUCACGGAGACCUUGCGACUUCAUGCGCCGAUUCCAGGCAUCCAACCCCGAGUCACACCCUCUCCAUCUUGUUCACUGGCUGGAUACGAUAAUAUCCCUCCCAACAUCCGAGUCAAUGCACAAGCCUACUCGCUACACCGAAACCCCGACGUUUUCCCCGAUCCAGAAAGCUGGCAGCCGAACCGCUGGCUCAAAGAAGAGAGCUUGCCCGCCGAACUUGAAGAAAGACGUCGCUGGUUCUGGGCUUUUGGCAGCGGAGGUCGGAUGUGCGUUGGUAGUAACCUCGCAUUGCAAGAAUCCAAACUCGUCGCCGCGGCAGUAUACACAAACUUCCGAACCACCAUCGUCAACGACGAAGACAUUCAAGAAAUAGAUGCUUACACCGUGCAUCCCAAAGCCGAGAAGUUGAUCCUGAAAUUCCACUCUGUCUAA